UUCACACAACAUGUGUUUUAUAGUUGCAUCUAAGUUCUGACAGCCUCUCUUUGCCCACUGGUCCUUCGUUAAUUUAAGUUAAAAAUACAGCAUAAGCCCGCGAGGACAAUUAAUUGACUGGAGAAAAAUAUUCUUUCAAUUCCUAAAUUAAAAUACUUUAUUUAGGAAUUUGUAUUAAUGAAAAGAAUGUCGUCAAUUAGAAGAUUUAUCGAUAUUGGGGCAAAUCUAACUGAUGACAUGUAUCAAGGAUCAUAUCAUGGAACAAAGAAGCAUGAACCUGAUUUAGAGAAAGUUUUAAAAAGAGCUUGGGAUGGAGGAAUGAACAGAAUUAUUAUAACUGGAGGAAACCUGAUUGACAGCAAAAAAGCUAUAGAGUUAAGUCGCACAGAUUCUAGAUUAUUUUCCACUGUAGGAUGCCAUCCAACUAGGUGUGGGGAUUUUCUCCCAAACCCCGAAAAAUAUUUGAAUGAUCUAAAACAUCUGAUUGAGGAGAAUAAAGAUAAAGUAGUCGCUAUCGGGGAGCUUGGCUUGGACUAUGAGAGGUUACAUUUCUGCGAGAAAGAAAUUCAACAGAAGUAUUUUGAAUAUCAAUUGAAGUUGUGUCAAGAACUUCAAUUACCGUUGUUCUUGCAUUGUCGAAAUGCAGCCGAUGACUUAGUUGAAAUUUUAAACAGAAACAGGGAACAUGUAGUGGGCGGAGUUGUUCAUUCAUUUGAUGGAACUCAAGAGGAACUGGAAAAUAUAUUGAAAUUAGAUCUGUUCAUUGGUAUAAAUGGCUGUUCGUUAAGAACGAAAGAGAAUCUGGAGGUAGCCGCUAGAAUACCACAGGAUAGAUUAAUGAUAGAGACAGACAGUCCUUGGUGUGAAGUGAAACAAACUCAUCCAGGCUAUAAAUAUGUUGUCACUAAGCCGGCAACGGUGAAAAAAGAAAAGUACUCUGUGGAAUCAGCCUGCCAAGUGAAGGGUAGAAACGAACCUGUUAAUAUUAUACAAGUCCUGGAAAUACUAGCAGCCAUAAGAAACGAACCCAUCGAUGAACUCGCUGAGGCAGUGUAUAACAACACCUGCAAGUUAUUUUUUAACAAUAAGUGACCAAUUGUAAAGUUUAUUUUAAAUAAAGUCAAUUUUUGACUCUA